AUGCUUUGCCCCAGCAUGAUGCAGCCUUCCCUCAAUCCAAUGAGCCCAAUGAGCCCCUUCAUGGACUUCCACUGGCCCGUCCGCAGCCUAUGGCCAGAGACACGGCCUCUCUUCUUCCAGAUGGAGCAGGAAAUUAUGAGAAAUAUGCAAGAGAUGAGGCACAAUAUGGAAUAUAUGCAACGACUGCACCAAAAGAUUUUUGAAGACAUUGAAGGCCCAUUAUCUUCAAUUGACUUCAAGCCCAUCGCUUUCCAGGUGGGAAAAGAAAACAACCGUUUUGCAUUGACACUAAACACUAAAGACUUCUCCCCAGAGGAGCUGUCUGUCAAGCAGGUGGGCAGGAAGCUGAGAGUCAGUGGGAAGACAGAGAAGAAGCAGGAUGAUAUGGAAGGCUCUUACUCUUACAGAUGCCAGGAGUUCAGACAGGAGUUUGAUCUACCUGAAGGGGUGAAUCCUGAGACAGUCACCUGCUCUUUGAACGAUGGACAGCUACAGAUCCAGGCACCAAAAAUGGUGGCUGUGACAGAAGGCAAUGAGAGAGUGGUUCCUAUCACUUGCUUACCAGCCAUAACCUCACCCGGCGCUGCAGCUGAGAGCACUACUGUAGAGGCAGAGCCCAAGAAGGACUGA